CUUCGAGCCGCCACGUAAUGCCACGUCUCCGCGCAUGCGCAUCGCGGCCGGCGGUGGCGGCUGUUUCCGGGCUUAGGGGGCAGAGCGGCCGCCGAGGAGGUGGCGGCCGGGGAGUGCAGCGUGCCGGCUCGGGAAGCAGGCCCUGCGGAGGGCGGCACAAGUAGUCUUCCUUUCUUCCCCGAAGAGACUGUGUAAAGCCGGGUGGCUGAGCGGCAAGAUGAAUUUCCUCCGCGGGGUGAUGGGGGGUCAGAGUGCCGGACCUCAGCAUACAGAAGCCGAGACGAUUCAAAAACUUUGUGACAGAGUGGCUUCAUCUACCCUGCUGGAUGAUCGAAGGAAUGCCGUGCGUGCUCUCAAAUCGUUGUCCAAGAAAUAUCGCUUGGAAGUGGGCAUCCAAGCCAUGGAACAUCUCAUCCACGUUUUACAAACAGAUCGUUCGGAUUCAGAAAUCAUAGGUUAUGCUUUGGAUACACUAUAUAAUAUAAUAUCUAAUGAGGAAGAAGAAGAAGUAGAAGAGAAUUCCACAAGACAGAGUGAGGAUUUGGGGAGCCAGUUUACCGAGAUUUUCAUUAAGCAGCAUGAAAAUGUCACCCUCCUGUUAUCUUUACUCGAGGAGUUUGAUUUCCAUGUCCGGUGGCCUGGUGUGAAGCUUCUGACUUCACUUUUAAAACAAUUAGGACCGCAGGUGCAACAGAUUAUUUUGGUUAGCCCCAUGGGUGUUUCAAGGCUGAUGGACUUACUGGCAGAUUCCAGGGAAGUUAUACGAAAUGAUGGUGUCUUACUACUGCAGGCAUUGACAAGAAGCAAUGGAGCAAUCCAGAAAAUCGUUGCUUUUGAAAAUGCUUUUGAAAGACUACUGGAUAUUAUUACAGAGGAAGGGAACAGUGAUGGAGGUAUAGUAGUCGAAGAUUGCUUGAUUUUGCUCCAAAACUUGUUAAAGAACAACAAUUCCAACCAAAAUUUUUUUAAAGAAGGCUCAUAUAUUCAACGUAUGAAACCUUGGUUUGAGGUUGGAGAUGAUAAUUCUGGCUGGUCUGCACAGAAAGCGACGAACCUACAUCUGAUGCUGCAGCUUGUUCGGGUCCUGGUAUCUCCCACCAACCCUCCUGGUGCGACCAGCAGCUGCCAGAAGGCUAUGUUCCAGUGCGGGUUAUUGCAGCAGCUUUGCACCAUCCUGAUGGCCACCGGAGUUCCUGCUGAUAUUCUCACCGAGACCAUAAAUACUGUAUCAGAAGUUAUUCGAGGCUGCCAAGUAAACCAAGAUUACUUUGCUUCUGUAAAUGCACCUUCAAAUCCACCAAGGCCAGCAAUUGUAGUACUCCUCAUGUCCAUGGUCAAUGAAAGGCAGCCAUUUGUUCUGCGGUGUGCUGUUCUCUAUUGUUUCCAGUGCUUCUUAUAUAAAAAUCAAAAAGGCCAAGGAGAAAUUGUGUCUACACUUCUGCCUUCCACCAUUGAUGCAAUGGGAAAUUCAGUGUCGGCUGGUCAGUUGCUGUGUGGAGGUCUGUUUUCUACUGAUUCACUUUCGAACUGGUAUGCUGCUGUGGCCCUUGCCCAUGCUUUGCAAGAAAAUGCAACCCAGAAAGAACAGUUGCUCAGGGUUCAACUUGCUACUAACAUCGGCAAUCCUCCAGUUUCCUUACUGCAACAGUGCACCAACAUCCUGUCACAGGGAAGUAAAAUACAGACAAGAGUUGGAUUGUUAAUGUUGCUUUGUACAUGGCUAAGCAACUGUCCCAUUGCAGUAACACAUUUUCUUCACAAUUCAGCCAAUGUUCCAUUUCUCACAGGACAAAUUGCAGAAAACCUUGGAGAAGAAGAGCAGUUGGUACAAGGCCUAUGUGCCCUCCUGUUGGGCAUUUCCAUCUACUUCAAUGACAACUCACUGGAGAGUUACAUGAAAGAAAAACUAAAGCAACUAAUAGAGAAGAGGAUCGGCAAAGAGAAUUUCAUAGAGAAGCUAGGGUUUAUUAGUAAACAUGAGUUGUAUUCCAGAGCGUCUCAGAAGCCCCAGCCUAACUUCCCCAGUCCAGAAUAUGUAAUAUUUGAUCAUGAGUUUACGAAGCUGGUAAAAGAACUUGAAGGUGUCAUAACAAAGGCCAUCUAUAAAUCCAGUGAAGAAGAUAAAAAAGAAGAAGAGGUAAAGAAAACACUAGAACAACAUGACAAUAUUGUGACUCACUACAAAAAUAUGAUUCGAGAGCAAGAUCUGCAGCUUGAGGAAUUAAAGCAGCAAGUUUCCACAUUAAAAUGUCAGAACGAACAGCUUCAGACAGCAGUCACACAGCAAGUGUCUCAGAUCCAGCAGCACAAGGAUCAGUAUAAUCUCCUCAAAGUGCACCUGGGGAAGGACAGCCAGCCUCAGGGCUCGCACAGUAACAACGCUCAGGUGAAUGGCAUUCAGCCGGAAGAAAUGAACAGGCUGCGAGAAGAGAUCGAGGAGUUAAAAAGUAAACAGGAACUGUUACAGAGCCAGCUGCUGGAAAAGGACUCUUUGAUUGAGAACUUGAAAUCUUCCCAAACAGCAGCUGGCAGAAAUGAGCAGUCUUCAGCAACAACUCUAGUUGCAGAUUCUGAAAAGAUUGCAGAAUUAAAAGAGGAACUGGCAACAUUAAAAUCUCAGUUAAAUGCGCAGUCUGUGGAGAUCACCCAGCUACAGACAGAGAAACAGGAGCUGGUGCAAAAAGCAGAAGCAUGUGCAAAAUUAGUUCCUGUGCAAGGAGAGAGUGAAACUGUGACUGCCGCUAAAAGCACUGAUGUGGAAGGGAGACUGUCGGCGCUGUUACAAGAGACGAAAGAACUAAAGAAUGAAAUUAAAGCUCUGUCUGAGGAAAGAACUGCUAUUAAAGCACAGCUGGAUUCAUCUAACAGCACCAUCGCCAUUUUACAAAACGAGAAAAAAAGACUAGAAUUGGAAAUUACUGACUCCAGAAAAGAGCAAGAUGAUCUCUUAGUGCUGUUGGCUGAUCAAGAUCAGAAAAUACUAUCACUGAAGAAUAAACUCAAGGAACUUGGUCAUCCAGUUGAAGAAGAGGAUGAGCUUGAAUCUGGAGACCAGGAAGACGAGGAGGAUGAGACUGAGGACAGUGGCAAGGACCAGGACUAGUUCUGCCUUGAAAAUCGCUAGGGAUGGUAGUAAUCACGUCGUCACUUUGCAGGUGGAAUCCCAGGACAGGGCUUUGGUUUGCCUCCGCAGCAAAUAAAGGCUUAGAAUCCAAGUGCAAAACACUCACUAAUAAGGCUAUUGAUGGUUUUUUAAAAGGUUGCCACCCAUGUUCAAAACCCUCCAACUCUUUAUACAGAAACACAUAUUCUAUUUAAAUUCAUCUGAACUGUCCCAAAAUGUAAUUUGCAAGGAACUUCAGAUACCAAAAAUAGACUGUCUUAAGGCAUGUGGUGGCAAUGCUGUUUGCCUUAGUUCAUUGGUUUACUUUUCAGAAUCUGUGACUUUAUGUAUUAACACAUUUUGAUUUAAUGUGUAUUGAAUGGGAAUCAUUUCUGAAUGCAAUCCUUGAGUUCCUGGCUGAUGGUGGUUUCCUUGUAAGGGGAUGUUUCACACAGAAAAAGGCUGGCCUGGGCCAGAGGGUCCUGCAGAUCCUCGGCGUCCAGGAGAGCAGGUGAGACCGGGCAGCCUAGUGCCUCUGGCCGACCGCCUCCUGUAGCCAGAGAAGACACGAGGACACCUGUUCAGGGGUGCUGAGGGGCCUGAGGAACUGGCAACAGUGUGCUCACGUGCUUGGUUUCCUUUCAUGUAAAGCAAAAGCGCCAAAAGCAAAAUUACAAGUUAACAGCUCACUCGACUCAGAUUUAGUAUUGUUACUUGAUUAUCAUCCAGCAUACUAGGUUUCUAGUUUUAAGAAGACCCAAGCUAUGAUUUAUGUAAUUUAUUGGCAUUUUUUGUGGAAUAGGUUUAAGUCAAAUAAUAGAUUUUUAAAAAGCAAAUGAAGCGAUGUGUCAAAAUUUAAUGUUUUCAUAAUAAAAAUAGAUAAUAUGUUCACUCAAUUCCUGAUCAUGGUUCCCUUUUU